CUCAAAAGCAAGACCUGCCAGAUGGACCCACCAUCAGUUGACUUUGAUGUGUUAUCGCGAGCGCACGGAAAAUUCGAACACGCUUGGCCUACUGCGAAACCGCCCGUUUGUCAAAUUUAAGACAAAAUUGUUUUGUUCGAAUGUGAUGCUUGAGCUCAGAGCAAUAAUUCGCGUAGGAGUGAGUUUGAUUGUAGCAGAAUUAGAUCUGAGAACACAGUACAUGACAGUGGUCUGCUUCGGAAGAGUUAGUUCGAAUUGAUUUGUCUGCUUCUUAGAAUCGAUACAGGCUGAUUCGUGCUAAUUGCGGAAAAGCAUGAUGAAUUUUCCAUCGCAGAAAAUUAGUUGUUCCAGAUAGUGUAGUAGGGGAAGGACGUUCCGCUAGGCGAGUCAAUUUAUUAAGAAGACGGUAACGAAGUUGGACAGUGUUUAAAAAAAAAGAGUGGAAAUUAAUUUGACCGUGAGGGUGGAUGUACAUUCAUAACAGUCAUAGCAUGCCACGGCGUAGCAGACAUCGUCCGUCGGUCACUUUGUGCCCUUUAAACACUGUCUGUGUGUAUCUAUCUGCAUGUGGACUUUUGUGGAGUGUGAAAAACGACCGGCAGUAAUGGUGAUAAAGAUGAAAAAUUGCAUUUGCCUGGAAAUUGUGUUGAGCAUAAUGGGAAGGCUUUUAUGGUAGAAGAAAAUUAUACCGCAGAGGUGGUGAAAGUUGACCCUGCGACACAGUGCUGUGCACUUGUGUUCAUGCAAGCGCAUGGUAUUCCACAGUACAUGUGACCAGUAUCGCCCCUCCAAUCACAGUGUGCAGGAAGCUGUCUGUCACAAGCAUGCUGCUGUCGUAGAAAAUGUAUGGUUUUGUUCAACGAUUACUGACUUCGACGAUGUCAGUCUAAAAUUGGUUUUUUUCAUUUUUAACAAACAGUGGCCAAUGUAGGCGUAAAAAUAACCAGUAAAUGUAAUAACUUAUACCAAUCGGUCACGGUUCAACCUCUACUGGGGGCAAACACAUUUAGUGAUGUUACGUAUUUGGUGGAAGAAAAAAUAAGCAAAAGAUGAAGAUGAGUGAAACCAGCAACAGCAUCAUGAAGGGAAACAUCUAACGCGUAUGUAUCGACUUCUCAAAUACACUACGGAGUAAACAUAGAAAGAACAUUUUCGAUACCGUCAGCAGCUAGUAAAUAUUGCAAAUCGACUUGGAUAAGUCUGGACUGCCGUAGGAAAAAAAUCAGCAUCAGAGCAGCGCAAUAAGAAAUCGGAAAAUUACGGCCAACUGCAUCUGUGCCACGUUCAUCGACGGGCGGUUCGGAAGGAAAAAGGGAUUCUUCUAUCAGCGCUUUCUGUGGAAUAAUAGGACCAUUUCACCAAGGGGCACUGGCACCGGCGCGGGCAACUACCCACAAUCCACGCGCCAAAUGCAUUGCGGACUAUGUGACGCGGGUCAAUAAACACGAAGAAACCAAAAUCUGCGCCUGCUGCGAGGGAACCGUACUGAUGUGCUCCGUCAACAGUUGUCAACGACCGGACAACAGUGGCUUUCUGGCCAUUGGUUUCUGAACUCUGGUGAUUGUGUAGUGCGAAUAAUGUUUAGAGAAUGGCAAUUGUAUCAGUGAUACCAGUGGCCAACCUUACAAGCUCCAGCGACAAUGGUGGUAAUGGGACAACGAAUGGAACCGUGGGAGGAAAUGGGGACGAUGGAGGUGGGACAGUUGGUGGAGCGGUCGGUGGUUGCCCUCGUCCGGAUGACACGUUAUAUCCGAGCAUGUUCGGAAUUGACCUCGCCGUACCCCAGUGGGAAGCGAUUGCAACGGCACUCAUACUUACACUCAUCAUCAUCAUCACCAUCGUUGGUAAUGUGCUUGUCAUUCUUAGUGUGUUCACGUACAAACCACUCCGGAUAGUGCAAAAUUUCUUCAUCGUAUCACUGGCAGUUGCCGAUCUAACUGUGGCCAUACUCGUACUACCCUUCAAUGUGGCCUAUUCGAUACUGGGUCGAUGGGAGUUCGGCAUCCAUGUCUGUAAAAUGUGGCUCACAUCGGACGUUCUUUGCUGUACGGCUUCCAUUCUUAAUCUUUGCGCAAUAGCACUCGAUCGAUACUGGGCGAUAACCGAUCCGAUCAAUUAUGCCCAAAAACGAACCCUAGAACGUGUGCUGGCACUGAUUGCCGGUGUGUGGGUUCUAUCGCUGGUCAUUAGUUCACCACCGUUGAUAGGCUGGAAUGACUGGCCAGAAGAAUUCUCCAGUGAAUUCCCAUGUCAAUUAACUAGCAAUCAGGGCUAUGUCAUCUAUUCAUCACUCGGAUCCUUUUACAUCCCGUUGAUCAUCAUGACAAUUGUGUACAUCGAAAUCUACAUCGCCACUCGGCGUCGUCUCCGGGAGAGAGCUCAGGCAUCCAAAAUAAACACACUGGCCAGUAGAAGUAUUGGUGUAGCCAGCGAUAAGGAAAUGGCCACAGCACAGAACCACCCGCGGGACCGGGAAUCAAUUAGUAGUGAAACAAACCACAACGAACACCCAAAUCAUAGCACCAGCAGUAGUAGUACCGAUCACCGGUCCCAGAGGAAACGAAAGAAGAAGGCCAAGGAAAAAAAAGAAGCCAAAGAAGCGGCCAAACGUGCCAAACAGGCAGCGGAGAGCCAGCUUCGGUUAGCUCUUCGGGAUGAAGAUUCCGUAACGGAAUAUCCAGCAGAAAAUUCGUCAAUCUGCGAGGGCAAAGUGAACUGUGAUAUAAAAUCGGCCAUCGAUCCAAACGGAACCACGGCGGCGAUGGCGGCGGCGGAUGUGGCGACCGAUGGCGAGGAUGCUGCCACUAAUCCAACUAUCGCCAGUACUACCAACGGCAGCGGUGGCGUUAGUGAUAAAAAGCCACACAAAAAGGCAAUUAUAUCCGUGCCCAACCGAGGGCGGAUGAAACAGUCGUUCCGGAAAGCCGGCGGCAUUAAUCAGUUUAUCGAGGAAAAGCAGAAAAUCUCCCUGUCGAAGGAGAGACGGGCGGCUCGGACGCUUGGCAUCAUCAUGGGUGUGUUUGUGGUCUGCUGGUUGCCAUUCUUCCUAAUGUACGUGAUACUGCCGUUCUGUCCGUCGUGCUGUCCGACAAAUAAGUUAAUUAAUUUUAUCACAUGGCUCGGUUACAUCAACUCUGCUCUAAAUCCCAUUAUUUACACAAUAUUCAAUUUAGAUUAUAGGCGGGCUUUCAAGCGGCUGCUGGGAAUCAAACCUUGAAAAGCAGGCGGGCGCUAUCAUGCAUAGAAAGAUUUACAAUCAACGGUAAGACAAACAAGCAGCUGGCUUCGAGGGUGACAGAUACAUGAGAGAUUUCGAACGCACUUACUUUUUAGGUGGCAAACAAACCACCUGCUGAAGCUUUUUCCCACCUCACAUAAUUUCACUCGAUAUCAUUUACUCCCGAUAGGUACUUCGUUAUUUUGCUGCUCUUUCGGAGAACCGCAGAAACUUCAUUUCACAAGCGUACUUAAUUUCGCCUACAAAAUAAAAUAAACAUACCGUACUCUCACAAUGGUUGCUUUGAUUUCAAAGCGUAAACAGCAAAUGCGCUACGGAAUUUACAUCGUAUUUUAGUCUGAAAUCUACA